UUUUUUUUGCUUUAUUCAAUGGUACACUCAAAAGAAUUUAAAGAAAGUGUCAAGAUCGAUUAUGCUUGCUAUAUUUGUGGUAGUAUUCUCAGCAAGGCUCCUCAAGUAAUUAACCAUGUUGAGCGUAUUCAUGGUUAUAGUAUCCCUCGUCGCCAAGUAGGCCAUAAUCGUCCACUAGACCCAGACUAUUAUUUUCCCUCUGAACCCGAUGCUGAAUGUGACCUUCUUCAUUAUGGUUGCCCUUCUUGUUGGUUUCAUUGUCCUGAAACAGGCCUUUCUGAACUCGCUGAUCAUGUUCGUCGUCAGCAUCAUCCUAGAAAUGUGGAUCCUAGCAAGAACCAGAACAAUCGUCGAUUUGAUAGUCCCGAGUCAGACGAACUCACUAGUCAUGAUGAAGAAGAUACACAGCAAGUUCCACAAGAACCAGAAGACACAUUUAAAAGUAUUCCUAAAGAAAUCAUGGACAAGUUGACUGAAAUCACAGAACUUGUUAAGAAUCUUGUGGUUAAGAAAUAAGCUUUGUUCUCUUGUAUCCCUUUUUUUUUUCUGCAACAUGAUCUAAUAAAGUGAUAUACCUUCUAGUCAAGAUCAAA